AUGUUUGUUCCAAAGCUUGUGAUCCAACAUGGGCCACCAUAUUUCCGAGCAACUUUGCCAGUGUGGACGCGCCCGUCAGAGCCGUCAGUUAUUAUAUCAUCGAGCUCGUUGAUCGUCAAGCAACCUCCCGGAUCCCAAUUCGACACUGGUGCAAAGAAGCAGAAGCAGAACAGUGGGGUUGGCCAUCGCACACAGUACCGCACCAGGACUAGGAUAGACGCGCGAGGGGUUCCAACGAGGUAG